GCCGAGCUCUCCAGUCCGCCAGCAAUCCGCAAUUGCAUCACCCUUGCAGCCCAUCCUGCGAGCCGCGCGAAGGCUGCCGUGUGAUCCAUACUACACAGAAACAAUAAAUAGUCUGCAAACAAAGCGAGGCCAGGAGAGUGAUCAAUCAGAGAACAAGUAGGCUGGGUUUACAAUUCGGUUUGUCAAAGAUAAGGAUUCAGCAGAUUAUUAUAAAAGCACGUGAGAGACUAAUCUGUUGCCUUGUUGUUUCAAAUGGCAGCAAAGAUGUGGGUCUUGCUGCUACUGGUGGCUGUGACAUCGGCUUUUCCUGAAGCUUCAGUUCACAAAUUUGAAGGGGAGAAAGUUUUUCGUGUAAUACCUCACAAUGAACAACAUGUAGAGGUCCUCAAAUACUUGGCCAGCAAUAUGCAGGUUGAUUUCUGGCGCCCAGACUCUGUUGCACAAGUGAAAAUGGAAACAACUGUUGACUUCCGAGUUGAAGCUGACAUAUGUUCUGAAGUCGAGAGCCUCCUUCAGCAGAGUGAAAUGGACUAUAAAAUUUUGAUUGACAACCUUCAGGCCGCACUUGAUGGGCAGUUUGACAAUCAUGUUCGGUCCACUGGACACGAGUACGAAAAAUAUAACAAAUGGGAAAUGAUAGAGGCUUGGACAGAAGAUAUUGCAAAGCAGAACCCAGUUCUUGUCUCCCGAUCACAGAUAGGAACAACCUUUGAGGGACGCCCAAUGUACCUCCUGAAGGUUGGCAAGCCUGGCAUAAAUAAAAAAGCCAUCUUUAUGGAUUGUGGCUUCCAUGCCAGAGAAUGGAUCUCACCUGCAUUCUGCCAGUGGUUUGUGAGAGAGGCUGUUCGAACCUAUGGGAAAGAAACCACCAUGAGUUUGCUUCUGGACCGCUUGGACUUCUAUGUCUUGCCUGUCUUGAAUAUUGAUGGCUAUGUCUAUACCUGGAGUAAGUCUCGCAUGUGGAGGAAGACUCGUUCUACAAAUCCUGGCAGUAGCUGCAUCGGUACUGAUCCAAACAGAAAUUUUGAUGCUGGGUGGUGCACUGUAGGUGCCUCCAAAAGACCCUGUGAUGACACUUAUUGUGGCAGUGCCCCUGAAUCGGAGAAAGAGACCAAAGCCUUGGCUGAUUUCAUUCGUCAUCACCUCUCAACUAUCAGGGCUUAUUUGACCAUUCAUUCUUAUUCCCAAAUGCUACUUUAUCCAUAUUCCUAUUCAUAUGAUGUAACAAAGAACAAUGUGGAAUUGAAUACCCUUGCUAAAGGUACCAUUAAAGAACUAGCUACAUUGCAUGGCACAAAAUACACAUAUGGACCAGGAGCUUCAACUAUAUACCCUGCUGCUGGUGGUUCUGAUGACUGGGCUUAUGAUGAGGGCAUCAAGUAUUCCUUCACCUUUGAACUCCGUGACACAGGCCGAUAUGGUUUUGCUCUUCCUGAAUCUCAGAUAAAGCCAACCUGUGAAGAAACCCUGAUUGCUGUUAAACACAUUGCUCUCUAUGUCCUUGAACAUGAGUACUGAAAAUAGCACUCCAGGACCAUUAAAG